AUGGUUGCAUUUUCCAAUCUUCUAAUCACAUUCUCGGCAGUUUCUGCCUCACUCGCCACUCCGAAUUCCAUUCUCCCAAAGCGGAGCCCAAUGGAUUUUAUUCUUCAACGCAACCAAAGCCCUCUUAAUGAUCGUGCAACACCAAUUUACCAAAAAGAUUAUAAGACUGGUGAAGAUGUACUCUACAUACCAUCCGAUAGUUCUUUCACUGUAGAUUGGUCGACUGAGGAUGAUUUUGUUGUCGGUCUUGGUUGGACAACUGAGUCUACCAAUCCCUUAAACUUCAGCGGCACCUUUGGUAUGGAAUCCGGCAGGUCCGAAGACUCACUCGUAGAAUACUACAUCAUCGAGACCAGUGCUUUUCCUCCUAGCUUCAGAAUCAUAAAAGGCAGCGUCACGAGCAACGGAUCAAGCUAUACUAUCUGGGAAAACCAACGUGUUAUUGAGCCGUCUAUUGUGGGAACGACUACUUUUAAUCAGUAUAUUUCGGUGCGAUCUUCUUCGUGCAAAAGUGAGAAUGUUACUGCUCGGACGGCGCUGAGUAAGAAUUUGGGGAGUCUUAAUUAUCAGGUUUUGGCGGUGGAGGGGUGA